UAGAAAACCCACACACAAAAGUAAUUAAUCUACCACAGUGUGUUUAUUUUUGCCUUGUAUUAAAUGUGUUUUGUAAUUAUUCCAUCUGCUUCUCUUACAGAGUAGAGCCUGUUUGGUAUACUGGUGGAUGAAAAACUUAAGGAGUGUGUCUGUUCUUUUUCUCCUUAGUGAUUGAGAACCUCUCCUGGCAAGCAUCAGGCAACCAUGGGAAAGCGAGAUAAUCGGGUGGCCUAUAUGAAUCCUGUAGCAAUGGCCAGAUGGAAGGGCACAUCUCCGUACAUAGGGCCAACAAUACAAGAUUAUCUGAAUCGGCCAAGACCUACCUGGGAAGAAGUGAAAAAACAACUAGAAAAUAAAAAGAAAGGCUCCAAGGCAUUAGCUGAAUUUGAAGAAAAAAUGAAUGAGAAUUGGAAGAAAGAACUAGAAAAAAGCAGAGAGAAAAUAUUAAGUGGAAAUGUGAGCUCAUCUAAAAAAAAAGAAAAAAAGAAAAAGAAAAAGAAGAAAUCUUAUCGAUCUUCAUCUUCUUCAUCAAGCUCUGACUCUUCCAGCAGUUCUUCAGAUUCUGAGAAUGAGGAUAAGAGACAAGGGAAAAAGAGAAAGAAAAAGAAGAAUCGUUCCUUCAGAUCUUCAUACAGCUCUACAUCUGAAUCAGAGGACAAAGAAUCCUUAAAAAAGAAAAAGAAAUCAAAGGAUGAAACAGAGAAGGAAAAGUAUAUUAGCAAAAAAAGAAAGAAGAUCCAUUCUGGGGAUAAACCUUUAUCAUCUGAGUCCUCAUCAGAAUCAGAUUAUGAAGAGGAGGUACAAGCAAAAAAGAAGAAAAGAAGUGAAGAGCAAGAAAAAACAAUGGAAAAAGCAAAAAAGAAGAAGAAGAAACAGCACAAGAAACACAGUAAAAAGAAGAAAAAGAAGUCUUCUAGUUAAGUCACAAGUCAGGAUAAUAUCAAGGAAAAAAGCCAGAUUUCCUUAUUUGAAAAAGCAAGAUCUAAAGGAAAUUUCAACAGUGAAAGUUAGAGCAUAUUUACCAAAAUGCAUGCAUU